CGUCAGCUAACAUUAACUGAAAUAAUGAAAGUCCUCACAGUAAUAUUACUUAUUUGCCUUGCGAAUGUGAUUGGUGCUAACAAAGUUGCAUUUCCAAAUGUUAACUAUGAAGGAAUUGUAGAUGAUUUUAUAAAAGAAGCUCAAGAUAUUACUAUUAAAACUGCCAACGCUUUGGAAUCGCAAUAUAAAAUAAUCGUUGUAGAACCCACAAACCAAGUUGACGCGGUCGUACAGAAUAUUGAGGAUCGCCGCGAAGAGAGUCCAAAGUGUGUAGAAGUUAAGGAUCCUGAGGUUCAGAUCGUUGUGGACAGUUUACAUGAUGAAAUUAAUGUUUGCGGCGCUAUUGCGGUUAAAACAUCAGCGGGAAUUAUGAAUGAUGUUAACGCUGCAACUCAGCAGAUAGUAUUGGACGGUUAUGACGUUUUAAAACUCUAUCAAAAAUGCAAAAACUACAAAAACAGUGUUUUAAAGAAUUCCUGUUACGCUAAACUAUCAAUUAAAGUUACAUUGUACAUUAAAAACUCGCGUCGAUCUAUAAAUACUAUCAAAGGUGCUAAACAUCGUGUUCCUGCAGUGUUCUCUGAAGCAGAUGAUUGCACACAUACGGCUGCAGAUCUAGCCAUUGUUGAUUUAAAUGCCAUUCAUACUGAAGUUGUUUCCUGUAUAAAUGAAAAUAAUUAAAAAAAAUAAAGAAAUACUUAUUGGAGUAUAUACUCGCUGAGACCUUU